AUGUACACCAACAUCGCCAUCACCGCCCUGGCCCUGGCCGCCACCGCAACAGCAAGCCCCACCGCAGUCCGCCAGACCUCGGAGCCCGCCGCCAACGCCUUCCCCAUCACGCUAGGCUGGCUGGCCUACUCGCACGGGCACGAGCACGUCGCGUGGACGCCGACCCGGACGACGAUGGGCGACGCGUGCAACCCCAACACGAACGCGACGCGCACCGCGGUCGUGCAGGCCGACAACAGCGGGUUCCCGUCGAACCCGCUGUGCGGGCACGAGUUCGCGCUCGAGGGCGUCACGGGCCUGUCGCUGCUGUGCGCCGACAGCGCCGAGAAGGGCGAUGCUGCGUCGCAGGUCACGGCCGUUGCCACCAACGGCGAGAAGACGCACUCGUGCGUCGACCUGCCUCUCACCAUCUACGGAACGUCGUGCGGAGUGGGCACUGCCAUCUGGCAGGAGUAUGCCUACGACUUCACUCCUGCCGCCGUGACCGUCACCGUGACGGAAUCCAUGUGUAUGACCGGCCUCGCCGGGGAUGCCACUCCACUCUCCGUGGCCAACGCCCUGGCCAACGCUGCCGACGCUUCAGCUGCUGCUUCCGUCAUCGCCAGCGUGAUGGCUAACGGCUAUCGCGGAGACUUUGCGGCCCCUCAACGUGGUACGGACACGAACACCACGACUGUCACGGCCGUGGCCAGCGCCACCAAUUGUCCCGCCGUACCAACCUUCGACUUGACUCCUGCCGUAUUCUCUGAAGUCUUAAACGGCGAUUCAAACAAGACCACGGCCAUCAAUCCCAAUGCGGACGGCACCGAGCAGCGCUGGUCCAACGGGCGCCAAUCGCUCUGCUUCACCUCGAGCAGCUGGGUCGGCACGGGCUUCUAUGCAAUCUACCUGGACGGCUGGGGCCAAGAAAGCGAUGGCUGUGGGAAGGGGGCCCUCGAUAAUCUCCGUGCCCAAUGCGGCGAUGUCGACGGCUGGGGCUGCAGGUACUGGGGCUCCGGCGUGCUGCUGACCUUUUACCUUUCGGGCGCGACGACGAAGAGGUGUGCCAUGGACGCGAUGUGGCUUGCUUCACCAAAGGACCAGAGGGAGGCAGGCCUUUGCUGCGUGUAUCUGGGUCCUUCGGGCGUUAACCCCAUUACCAACCCUGACUCGGCGUUUAAGGGUAAGGUCAUUAUAAGUGAGGGCAAGACGGACCGCAUGAGCAGCCCACCAGAGCAACGACAACACGCCAUAAUCCCCAGCAUCACCCGCUACACGCACAUCUACAACUCACACAGCCACACCCCGGCAAACAUCACCACCAUGGGCAUGAAGGAGGUGGGCAUCUUCCCAGCAUCGGGCGCCCUGGGCGGCAGCACCUACAGGCACCUGCUCAAGCUGGUGCCCAACGACCACGUCACGCUCAUCAACCGGUACCCCGAGAAGGUGGAGGCGGAGUACCGCGACGCGGGCGUGAGGGUGCGCAAGGCUUCGUACGAGUCGUCGCCGCAGGAGCUGGAGCUCGCCUUCAGCGGGCUGGACGUGCUGUUCCUGGUGUCGUACCCCAGCCACGUGCACGAGUACCGGGUGAAGGUGCAACUCCCGGCAAUAGACGCCGCCAAGCGCGCUGCUGUCAAGCACAUCUUCUACAGCAGCCUGGGUUUUGGCAGCGAUGCGGCCGGCCAGUCCCUCAAAGCGAACUCCAAGGCGGUCGUGAUGCAGGCGCAUCUAGACAGCGAGGCGCGCCUGGACUCGCUCGCAAAGGAGGAUCCUGGGUUCACUUACACGUCUGUCCGUGAGGGCCUGUACUCGGAGUCGUACCCCAUUUACACAGCGUUCUUGGACCCCAAGGCCGUGGCGGACGGCUCAGAGGUGCAGAUCCCGCAUGACGGUGGCGGCCGCGGUGUCAGCUGGGUUAAGCGGGAUGAGCUUGGCGAGGCGACUGCACGGCUGAUCGCGCGGUAUUGCGGGGUUGGCGGCCAGUUCCCGCAGCGGCUUGUGAACGGCAAGGUGCUUCUCUCAGGGGACAGGGAGAUCAGCUUGGCGGAGACGGUGGAGAUUCUGGGGAAGACGGUUGGCAAGACGUUCAAAAUUCGGCACGUGAGAGUUGAUGAUUACGUCAAGUUGCCGCAGGUGCUGCAGGUAUUUGGGUCCGAAGAGAAGUGCAGGACAUGGGCGACUGCUUGGGAGGGUAUAAAGGAUGGCGAGGCCGCACUGGUAACUGGGGACCUGGAGGAGAUACUGGGCAGGAAACCGGAGGGGUAUGAGAAGACCAUCAAGGAGCUGUUGGCAUGA